AUGAAUCAAUAAAAUAAUGUUCCGAAAGAUGUUAUGGAUUUUUACUUAGAUAUGAAGAUCAAAAAAGAGAGAAUUCAAAAAUGUUGGCAGUAAUCAGGAGGGAAUGAAUAUAAAAUGCAAGAUUUAAUAUUUCAGCCAGAGGAGGAAGAGCCUCAAUAGGGAUUGGACUUUUUUGAGGCAACUUUAUUUGACAAGCGAGUGUCAAAUACCAUAUUAUAAGUAAUCAAGAAAACACCAAGAGAGCAAAAUACAUUUGUAGGAAUUUAAAAUCUAGGGAACGAUAGUAUCGUAAACAUCAUGUUGCAAUUGCUACAUUAAAUUCCUCAACUUUACUAGUUUAUCCUAAGAAUUCAAAGCAAUAAUUAGAAUGUAAAAUGUAUUAAGUUGAUUUAGAAAUAAGGAUAGUUUUUAAGGCGCAUUUAAUUGUUGCUGACAGAAUUGUCAGCAUCUAAUUGCAGUGUUAUCAGCACAAGACAAUUGUUAAAUGCUAAUCUUUGGAGUGACAAAGAGAAGGAAUGUUUGGAGUUUGAGAAAGAGCCUGUAAUAAUAUUUUUCAAUCUCUUAUAAAAAAUCGAUCAAUCCUACCGAGAAUUAGUUAACAAUGAGUAAGGAAGAAAUGAUAAUAUCGUUAUGAAUGAAUUGUUUUAUUCGACAGUUGAAAAAAACCUGAUAUAGGAAAAAGAGUUUUUUUAUAUUUCGGAUAUGAAAGAAUGUAGUGUUUAUAGUUUCUUAUACGAAUAAUACAAAUAAAAGGUUUCCGUACUCCCAUAGAUUAUAGCUAUUUAGAUUAAAAGAAAUCAGAAAAAUAAUAUUCGUAAUAUAACCAUUCUAAAUUUAGGACUUGAUAAGACGUUUGAAAUUAAUUAAACUCUAUAGCUUGAUUUCUUGAAACCAAAUUAUAAAGGAUAAUAAGGAGAUAUUUAGAUUAGUUAAUUUGAUGAUUUAGAAUCACUACAGAAGGCCAUAAGUAACUUUAAUUAUGUUAUUGAAAUGUUAAAUGAAGAAGGAAACCAAUAAGAUAUGAUAAAAAUAUUACAGUCAAAAUAAAAUACCUUAGAGAAAUAGUAGAAUAAACAUCUUGAAAACAUUUAAAAGUAAAAAGAAACAUUAUAAUCCUCAUAUAAUAAUAAUAAUAAUACGUAUUAAGUUCACUCAAUUACGAUUCAAAAAGGUUACUCACAAAGUAAUUCUUCAACCCUGUAUGUCUAGUAUUUUAAAUUCAAAAAAUGGUUGAAGUUCUCUAAUAGCAUAUGUUAGGUUGUUGAAGAAGAAGAAGUUUCCACUAGUUCCUAAAAGUACGCUAUUUUUGCCACCUAUAUUAAUGCAAAUACAGUACCCUAAUAUAUAAAACAUUAAGAGAAUCUAAUUGAAAUUGGUAAUUUGGUAUCAGGAAAUAUUAAUUAUGAUAUAAAUUAAAACAAAUAUCUAAGAAACUUAAUACCAAAUGAUGUCUUAUUUGAGGUUCAUAGAAGUAAUUUAGAAAAUAGACAAUAAUUUUGA